AUGUCUAGACUACCAAUCGCAGUUGUUGGGAUUCACAGUGCACUUCUUGUAACAGGUUUAACCGGAAAUAUCUUUAUCCUGAUAGUUCAUCUUCUAGACUGGCUUAAGACACGUGAGCACAAUCCUUGCAACAUCAUCAUCAACAGCAUUGGGACUUUCAACAUCUUCUUACAAGGAGCUGUUGCAUUCCAAGAGAUUUCUUCCGUCAUGUUUCCAAAGCUCUACAGUCAAGCAUAUGUAGCUGUAUCACUUGUAGGCAUCACAACAUCUCUGGUAUUAUCCAGUCUUUGGUGCGCUACUUGUCUAUGUUUCUACUACUGCGUAAAGAUCGUUAAUAUCAACAGACCUUUUCUGUACAAGCUGAAGGCAAAGCUUCCCAAAGUGGUACCUUGGCUAAUAGUCUUCUCCACCAUUCUAUCUUGGUCAUUUGGAAUGACAGCCAUAUGGGACCUGUACCUUGACCUUUCCUUUUACCCAGUUAAUAUCACAGGAAAUGUAACAAUAUUAAUGUUUCAGGAGCAUGGAAGCAGAUAUGCCACAAACAUUACAGUUGGUUUCAGUUUGAUUGCUUGUUUUCCAACAAUAAAUUCUAUCAUUUUAAUCUUGGGGAACAGGAAACUAAAAAACAUUCUGAAGAAGAUAUUGGGUAUGAAGUCAGUUGCUGACCCGAUCCGCCUGACUCUGAUUCUGUCUUCUGUGCUGCCAUCUGGCUUGCUGCUGACCAUCUGGUUCCAAGAGUAUCCUGAAUCCAGCUACUCGCAUCAUCUCACAGCAUCAACUGUUCUGCAUAUGCCACAGGCACUUGUGCCUCUCUCUGUUCUGUGCUUUUCCUGUAGCACCUCCAGACAAGAGCUGAGAGGGAUAGCCUCACUCAUCACUUCAGGUCAUACUAGGUGUAAAAUGGAGAAGCAUGAAACAUGA